AUGGCCGUCUCUCAACUUGACAGACUGGAUUUACCGCAGACCGCCACCGCCCUGGGGAAACCUGUCUCGAUGCCCUCCCCUAACCGGGCGGAGCGGCUGCUCGUGCCCAUCGAACUGUUCUCAGACAUCUUAUGUCCAUGGUGCUGGAUUGAGAAGCGCAGUCUUGAGGCUGCCAUGAAGAAAUUUGAGUCCAAGCACCCGCAGGUUGAGUUUGAGGUCGUAUGGCGAUCAUUUUGCUUGAAUCCGUUGUUCAAGACCAAAUGUGGCAAGAUCGCGCUAUACGACGAAAUGGCUGGCGGCCCUGGCAAAUUUCAGCCGCAUCUUGACCGUGUCAGCGCCGUCGGCGCACACUACGGCCUCAAAUUCUCCGUCACAGGCGACACCGGCCCGACGCGCGCCUCGCAGAUCCUCAUCGCCAACAUUCUCCGCCGCCGUGGACCCGCAGCCCAAGCACGAGUUGUAGAGGCCUUGUUCCGGAGCCACUUCCUGGACGGGAAGGACAUCUCAGACGAAGACGUCCUGGUCAGCUUGGGUAGCGAGACGGCAGGUUUGCCCGCAGAUGUCGUUCGGUCAGACCUGCGGGAUGACGACAACGGACGGUUUGUAGACGACGAGGCGGAGGCAGCCGUGGAGGAGAAGGGUGUCGAGGCAGUGCCAUGCGUAACGGUGUUGGGAAAGUACAAGGUCGGUGGGUACCAGGAGCAAGAGGUGUUCGAAAAGCUGUUUGAGCGGAUAUGGGCGGAGAACGCGCGUGUUUUGAGCAAGCCGUGGGACAAUGAUUAA